CGUAAAACCGCCGCACUUCUUAACUGCCGUCCCGUACUAUAUAAUUGAUAGGAGGUUGAAGUUUUUUCUUGCGAGAGGAAGUUGGUGAAUUGCGAAAUCUCAGGAUGGUCUUCAAAAAGGGUCACACCGGAUCAAAUAAGCAAUGGAAAUUUGCAAUGAAUGAAGUUUUUAAGGAUAAACCUCCCCAGGUACCCGGCACUAGUAACCGUAAGAAGUAUGUGGAACCGGAAAUUGAUGAAGAUGAUGAAGAGUACGAGGAAGAUCUCGUUGGAUCAGGGGAUGAUAGUGAAGAUACACCAUAUGAAGAGGAGGGUGAGGAAUUAGAGGACGAAGAAGAAGACGACGACGAAGAGUAUGUAGAUGAGGAUGAGGAUGAGGAUGAGGGGGAAAAUGAUGUUGGUGUAAAGUGUAAGUUGAAAAAUCAGGGCAGGAAAACGGGUAAUGCUAAAGGAAGGCGUCCUGUUGUUGUAGAGGAGGAUGAUGAGUUUUAUGAUGAUCUUGAAGUUGAUGCUCGUGCUAAGUUGAAGAUGAAAGAGCGCAGUAGGAAGUAUGCUAAGAGCAGGCGUUUAGCUAAUGAUGUAGAGGAUGAAGGAAAUGAUGAUGAAGAGGAUGACGAGGAAGAUGGAGAAGCUGAUGUCCGUAGAGUGGGGAAGAAGCAUCCAAAGCAUGUAGGCCAAAAUGUUAGGCGGUAUCCAGAAGAUGAACAACAUGGGUUGAGGAAGAAACAUUUGAAGGUAAUUAGGAAGAGGCGUCGUGGGGAUACUGAUGACGAGGAAGAACAGGGGAAGCCUGUGAAGAAGAAUUUGUUGCUGAAGAAAAAGGUUGGUAAGAUUGUUGAUAAAGAGCGUAGAAAAGGAAAGUCUCCUCUUAAAGAUAAGGGAAUGACUAAGAGAGGCAAGAAUAGGAGAGUGUUUCUGCGGGUUCCAAUCCCCCAACAUCCAAUGUCUAGGGGUGAAUAUGCCAAGUGUCAUGAUGUUGUAGUUGCUACCCAAAGGGCUAAUUGCGAUCGCAAGAAGAGCCUGUGUGCAAAAAAUGGGGUUUGGAGGAUUGUUGGAGUUGAAAAUAUCCAAGCUUCCGAGGCAGCUUUGUUAUUGGCUGAUGACCAGAUUGGACGGAGUCAACAGUUAUCUGGUAGGUGGUGA